AAAAACGGAACAACCUAAUUAGCCCACUAAAACGCGGGCUCCGGGGGCUUUUCAAUCCGCGUCAAAGCGCAUUCAUAUUCUCUCCUUCUCCUGCCGAGACGAUGACGACGGUUCCGUUCCAUCAGAUCUGAAGCCAGCCGGAGCUCCGACGCCCAUCGCCGGUCGCGCAACGUUCACACCCCCUUGCGCGGAGGCCAAAACCGCCGCUUCCGUUCGGCGGAGCGGGAGAGAAAAAUGGAGUUCUUCGACAACUUGCCCGCCAUGGAUCUGAUGCGCUCCGAGAAGAUGACCUUCGUGCAGCUCAUCAUCCCCUUCGAGUCCGCUCACCGGGCCGUCACUUAUCUCGGCGAGCUCGGCCUCCUCCAGUUCCGCGAUCUUAAUGCAGAUAGAAGUCCUUUCCAGAGAACGUUUGUUAAUCAGGUGAAACGAUGUGGAGAGAUGUCACGAAAAUUGCGCUUGUUCAAAGAUCAGAUCAGUAAGGCUGGUCUAGUAUCUUCCCUGCACUCGGCAACACAACCAGAUGUCGAGUUGGAGGAAUUAGAGAUCCAACUUGGUGAGCAUGAACAUGAGCUAAAUGAGAUGAAUGCAAAUAGCGAGAAACUUCGUCUGGCCUAUAAUGAGCUUCUGGAGUUUAAAUUGGUUUUGCAAAAGGCAGGUGGUUUUCUUGUCUCAGGAAAGAGUCCUGUGGUUGUGGAGGAUAGAGAGUUGGACGAAAAUAUUCACUCAAAUGGUGACUAUACUGACACAGCAUCCUUACUUGAGAAGGAAAUGAGACCUGAAACAAUGGAGCACUCUCGUGUAAGAUUUAUCAGUGGCAUUAUAUGUAAGUCAAAAGUGCAAAUCUUUGAGAGGAUGCUUUUCCGUGCCACAAGAGGAAACAUGCUUUUUAAUCAGGCGCCAGCUGAUGAAGAUAUAGUUGAUCCUGUAACAUCUGAAUCGGUUGAGAAGAUAGUGUUUGUGGUUUUUUUCUCUGGAGAGCAGGCUAGAAUGAAGAUUUUAAAAAUCUGUGAGGCAUUUAGUGCUCACUGCUAUCCUGUUCCUGAAGAUAUAACCAAGCAAAGACAAAUCAGUCAAGAAGUUCUGUCUCGGCUUUCUGAAAUAGAAACAACCUUGGAUGCUGGUUACAAUCACCGAAACAAAGCUCUUAGUUCCAUUCAGUUUCACUUGAACAAAUGGAUGAGCAUGGUAAGGAGGGAGAAAGCUAUAUAUGACACAUUGAAUAUGCUGAACUUUGACGUCACAAAAAAAUGUCUUGUUGGAGAGGGUUGGUGUCCAAUAUUUGCAAAGGCUAAGAUUCAGGAGGCUCUGCAACGUGCUACAUAUGAUAGCAACUCACAAGUUGGAAUAAUAUUUCAUGAGAUGGAUGCUCCAGAAUCCCCUCCCACAUUUUUCAGAACAAAUCGUUUUACAAGUGCAUUUCAGGAAAUUGUUGAUGCUUAUGGUGUUGCUGGGUAUCAAGAAGCAAAUCCUGCAGUCUACACUGUCGUUACGUUUCCUUUCCUUUUUGCUGUAAUGUUUGGAGAUUGGGGCCAUGGAAUAUGCUUACUGCUUGGAGCUUUGGUCCUUAUCGCGCAGGAAAGGAAGCUCACUGGUCAGAAACUUGGGAGCUUUAUGGAGAUGCUCUUUGGAGGGCGUUAUGUCCUCCUUUUGAUGUCUCUCUUUUCAAUUUACUGUGGACUGAUAUACAAUGAAUUCUUCUCUGUUCCAUUCCACAUAUUUGGUGGGUCGGCUUACAAAUGCCGAGAUGCUUCUUGCAGUGAUGCCCAUUUAGUUGGUCUGAUCAAAUACCAAGAUCCUUACCCAUUUGGGGUGGAUCCUAGUUGGCGAGGGAGUCGUUCAGAGCUUCCUUUCUUGAAUUCUCUCAAAAUGAAGAUGUCAAUUCUAUUGGGUGUGGUGCAGAUGAAUCUGGGUAUCAUACUAAGUUACUUCAAUGCACGCUUUUUCAAGAGCACUUUGGAUAUCAGGUUCCAGUUUGUGCCACAAAUGAUCUUUCUUAACAGCCUGUUUGGGUAUCUUUCACUUCUCAUUGUCGUCAAAUGGUGCACUGGUUCUCAAGCAGACCUUUACCAUGUGAUGAUUUACAUGUUUUUGAGUCCCACCGAUGAUCUUGGCGAAAACAAACUUUUCUGGGGCCAGAAACCACUUCAGAUCAUUUUACUGCUUUUGGCUCUAAUUGCUGUUCCAUGGAUGCUCUUCCCAAAACCUUUUAUUUUGAAGAAGCUUCACUCUGAGAGAUUUCAAGGCCGUACCUAUCGGAUGCUUGGCACCUCUGAGAUGGAUAAUGAUGUAGACACAGAACCUGAUUCUGCACGGCAGCAUCAUGAGGAAUUUAAUUUUAGUGAGGUCUUUGUGCACCAAAUGAUACAUUCCAUAGAGUUUGUCCUUGGCGCAGUUUCAAAUACAGCUUCGUAUCUUCGUCUUUGGGCGUUAAGCUUGGCGCAUUCGGAGUUGUCAACUGUUUUUUAUGAGAAAGUUCUAUUACUUGCCUGGGGGUACGACAGCUUUAUCAUCCGUUUAGUGGGGCUAGCAGUUUUUGCUUUUGCAACUGCAUUCAUAUUGUUAAUGAUGGAGACCCUCAGUGCUUUCCUUCACGCCUUGCGUCUUCACUGGGUAGAAUUCCAAAAUAAAUUCUACCAUGGUGAUGGCUACAAGUUCAGACCGUUUGCUUUUGCCUUGUUAACUGAGGAGGAAGAUUAGUUAUAUAGUUCAUCAAUCUGAGAGUUUAUAAUUCAUCAAUCUGAGAGUUUGGUUCGAAAUAUACGUUGUACAAAGAAAGGCCCGGCAUCCCUAACCAUCGAAGCAAGGUCGAACACCGACAGACUCCCCACUUCUGCAGGCAGAUGUUAUGUUUUCCCUUCGGUGAUCAACAUCUGACGGGAGGCUCUCUCUCAGAUCCUCAGAACUUGUUUUGCGAGGAUUCCUCUGCUUGGCAGUUCGACUUGAGAUAAUUUUUCUCAUUUUCUCCCAUGAAGUUGAGAUUUUUUGUAAAGCAAAAAGGAAAAAAAAAUGAGGUGGGAAAUCCUUAUACACGUAACUUUUGGGGUUUUCAGAGUUGUAAAAUAAUACCACAUCCAGAGAGGGAUUUAGCAGAA